AUGGCCACACGUUUUCGUGAGGCUUGGGUGCAAGGCCGAGCCCCGCGGCACGCGCCGGCUGGGAGCACGGACCGCAGGCGCCCGCCCGAGCGCCCCGUCACCCCGCAGGCCGGGCUGGAGCAGCGGCUGGCUAACGCCAAGAGGAAGGCGCUGCAGCUGGAGAAGCUGCUGCCCACGCAGGUCAUCAGCGAGGACCAGCGGGAGGUUCUGAGGCUGCUGUGCCGGGCCCACGAGCUAGAGCUGGAGAACACCGAGCUGCAGGCUGGCAAACUCCGCCGGAGGCACCUGCUCUGUCAGAAGGACUUCGUGAUCCAGCGUCACCACCAGCACUGGUGGCUCUGCGAGCAGCUCAUCCACGACCUGUGGCAGCUGAUUCAGGGGAUGUCUGGCCAUCUGUGUGCUUUCCCGGGUCCUGCAGAUGGCGGCAUCCCGGUGCCGAAGGCCCUGGACCGGGCUCGCUGA